ACCUUGGAGGGGGAGCGUGACGAAAAGUUGACGUUCAUUCUAGGCCAUCUGUUUUAUCAAGAUUUUCUCUCCACAUGGCCACGUCCUUGUCUGGGUUCCAGGGAAAUUAAUGUAGCUGGAAGCUCGAUCUUCUGCGUGUAGAAAUGGAUGAAUAAAAUUCCAAAUGUAACUUAUUUCAAAUAAUAAAUAGCGUUGAAAUUAAAUUAUUGUUUCAGAGACAACAGUCUUUAUAUGACACUCGAAGCUCAAAUGGAGGACACAGAAAUGUCUAGAGUAGUUGAGCAAGAAUCUGCAAAGCACAAAAAGUAUCGAGGAGUCAGGAGAAGGCACUGGGGGAAGUGGGUUUCUGAAAUUCGAGAGCCAAGGAAGAAGACAAGGAUUUGGCUGGGUUCUUUUGAAACGCCGGAGAUGGCGGCUUGUGCAUACGAUUGCGCUUGUUAUUGUCUCAAAGGAAACAAAGCUUUGCUGAAUUUUCCCGAUGAAGUCCACCGACUUCCCGUCCCUCCCACAUGCAACGCCAAGGAUAUUCGCCAAGCAGCGGCAGCAGCAGCGGCGGCGAAGAAAAAUAGUGAGAGGCGGAAGAUAUCUGAAGAAGACAAAGGUGACGGCGAUGGUGAUGAUUUUUGGACUGAAAUUAAACUGCCGGAGUUGAUUAAUUUUACCAAUUGGACGUGCCAUGAAGAUUUCUUGCGGGUUCAUUCAGCAACUCAGGAACAGGUAAUUGGUCUCAUCUAAGAAAGCUCGCAGCCGUUCCGAAAUAUUUUCACACCGAACCACCGAAACAGCUGUUAACCGAAUUUUUAUUAUUUAUAUUAUUUUAUUUAGUUUAUAAUUAAUAAAAAAAAAUUUAUUACCUUUUAUUAUCAA